AUGAUGCCUUAUAAGCCAGGCAAUUCAUUAUUGUCCAGGUGCGUAAGAUUCCAAUCUACCGGUGGGAGAACUGCUCAGCAAGUGCUCCCCAAUUUUGCACUGCCUCCAAGAUACGCUUUGGUUUCGCUAAGGGCGUUCCCGUCAUUAGAACCAAUAUCAUGUAUUCCAAUACCAACUCCAGUUUUGAACGCCCCACUGAGACGUGAUAUACUAUGGAGAGCUGUUGUAUACGAGAACAAUAACAGGCGUGUAGGCUCGUCUAACCCUCCGGGGAGAAGCGAAAACGGGUAUUCCAGACAUAAGAUCAGACCCCAAAAGGGUACUGGCCAUGCUAGAACAGGUGACGCGAAUUCUCCAACAAGGCACACAGGGGAUAGGGCACUAGCAAGAUCGGCGCCAAACGACUAUACCACUGAUUUACCGAGGAAGAUCUAUGCCCUGGCAUUCAAUUGUGCAUUGUCCCAACAGUAUAAAAAGGGAAAUAUAUAUGUGAUUGGAGGAUCGAACGCUGAGAAGGUGAUCGAGUUGCCUGAUAUGGACAAGAUAGACAUUGUGGAGACAAGCAGCAGCGAUUCUACAGUUAAUUACAUUGGCGGAGUGUUUGAGAAGUUCCUAAAGGAAAACAACUUUGAGGGCAAAAGACUUCUAUUUGUAACGAACGAACCUAGAGAGAACUUAAUCAGAUACACGGACCGCUUUAAGAAAAAAGUGGAUAUUGCUACUAGCGAGGCCGUUGAAGUGAAUGAUAUACUAAAGGCUAGCAAAGUAUUUAUUGAAGUGGAUGCUUUGAAGUACUUAGCCGAGAAAUACAGCCAGUCGCCAAGCAACAUACAGAUACUGCAAGAGAGUCAGUAG